AUGAGGAUAGUAAAUAUACUGCUAGCUAACAUACCAUCUAGUCUGAUAGCUAAACGGCUGCUGACUGAUCCACCAAAGAAUCUCCUUUCUACGAAAUUUGAAGGUAUUGAAACAGCAGUUCCCGCUUUUUUGAAACCAGUCAGUUCCAGGCGUAAUCACGACUCUCACUUACUAGGAAUUGAUGUUCAAAGAAAUAAGUGCAAUUCCCGAUCCCGAUUUACAGAGGAUUUUCAAGGGGUUACCAUAACCUUUCAGCAAUGGUUACAGUGCGCUGUUUCCUUCAGUGUAGCGCGUGUGCAGCCGUGGACAUCUAAGGGCAUCACAGACCUGUUAUUGCUCAACUUCAUGCGGCUAAACACCGCUUGUCCCUCUAAGAAGUUGUCUGGACUAGCGUACGAAUACACUGUUCCUUCACAAAGUGCUUUGUUGGCUACAGUUUCGUUCGUUAUCAGAAUAAAGCAGACAAAUCAAUCUACAUCUAAGAACGGCCAUGCACCACCAACCACCGAAUCAUGA